CUGAAUCUUCUAUAUAAUGGGACCGCAACGACGACAGAUAAGACUCAUAACCCUAGUUCUCACUGCUGGAGAGAGCUACCAGCCGCCACCGCUCGCCCCAUUUAUACAGUAGACUCGCCGCUGCUCCUUCCCAUUCUGCUAAACCCUAGCGCCUAGCGGCCCCUUCUCUUGUGUCCCACUCCCCUUCCUCCACCGCCGUUAAUCAUCUUCUCUUAUUGAGUUAGUUCCUUCCACUGGAUGAUUAGGCAGCGAGAAAGUGCUGGUGAAAUCCGACGGAAUCAUGUCCGACGACGAGAGGGAGGAGAAGGAGUUGGAUCUCACUUCUCCUGAAGUUGUGACCAAAUACAAAAACGCUGCCGAGAUCGUCAACAAGGCCUUGCAGUUGGUGGUAAAAGAUUGUAAACCCAAGGCAAAGAUCGUUGACCUAUGCGAGAAAGGAGAUUCUUUUAUCAGGGAACAAACGGGUAGCAUGUACAAGAAUGUGAAGAAGAAGAUUGAAAGGGGAGUGGCAUUUCCUACUUGUGUUUCCGUAAACAAUACUGUUUGCCAUUUCUCUCCUCUUGCCAGUGAUGAGAGAGUUUUGGAAGAAGGCGAUAUUGUGAAAAUUGAUAUGGGUUGCCACAUAGAUGGCUUUAUUGCUGUGGUUGCGCAUACUCAUGCUAUUCAGGAAGGAGCAAUUAAAGGUCGAGCUGCUGAUGUACUUGCAGCUGCAAACACUGCAGCUGAUGUUGCUUUGAGGCUUGUGAGGCCCGGGAAAAAGAAUAAAGAUGUAUCGGAUGCAAUUCAAAAGGUUGCUGCUGCUUAUGAUUGCAAAAUUGUGGAGGGUGUUCUUAGCCAUCAGCUGAAGCAGUUUGUAAUAGAUGGAAACAAGGUUGUUCUAAGUGCUUCCAAUCCAGACACAAGAGUUGAUGAUGUUGAAUUUGAGGAGAACGAAGUUUAUGCAGUAGAUAUUGUUACAAGCACGGGUGAUGGGAAGCCUAAGCUCCUAGAUGAGAAGGAGACAACUAUCUACAAGAGAGCUGUGGACAAGAAUUAUCACUUGAAGAUGAAAGCUUCCAGAUUCAUUUUCAGUGAAAUCAGCCAGAAGUUCCCCAUCAUGCCUUUCUCUGCCAGGGCCUUGGAAGAGAAAAGGGCUAGGUUGGGACUGGUGGAAUGUGUAAAUCAUGAUCUACUCCAGCCUUAUCCUGUUCUGCAUGAGAAGCCUGGUGAUUAUGUGGCUCAUAUAAAGUUCACAGUGUUGUUGAUGCCGAAUGGUUCGGAUAGGAUAACAUCACAUCCUCUUCAGGAGUUGCAAGCUACGAAGUCGAUUGAUGAUCCUGAAAUUAAAGCGUGGUUAGCUUUGGGUAUCAAGACAAAGAAGAAGGGCGGAGGAAAGAAGAAGAAAGCAGGCAAGAAAGGCGACAAAACUGAGGAUGCUGCUGGUGCUGAGGCAGAACCGAUGGAGGAAACAGCGGAGGCUACAUCCCAAGCCUAAACUAGUCAAUUUUGUUCAGUUUUGUUUAUGAGAAUCCCAGUAUAGUAACUAGACUUUUGGGUCCCAAUUGAAUGUUUACCUACAUCAAAAUGGCAUAUAUUCUCAUAAACACCCAAUUUCCCUGUACUGUCUUGCCCUGACUUGCACUCUCGUUUAUUGUUAAGUUUACUAGUUUUUGAGAGUUGCCAAUAUGUGUUUUAAGCCCCAAUUCCUCGUUAUUUUGCUUAUGACAACUUCAACUGUGAUAAUUGAAAUAAGAUAAGAACGGAAGGCAUUAUGGCAAAAAAAAA